AUGUAUCAAUACAUAAUACAGGCACCCACCGAUGCCACUUCGGUUCAGAUCACCGGUACAUUUGAUAACUGGUCUAAAAGUCUUCCCGAGAUCACUUCACCGCCUUUUGAACAAACAAUCACCCUCGAUGAGAAGCAGGAUAUCAUUUUCAAAUUUAUAAUCAAUGGGAACUGGACAACCCUUGAUUUGUACCCAGUGGUUACGGAUGAGCAUGGUAAUACAAACAAUAUCGUGCAUUCUGAACAUCUAAUCUUGGUUGAAGAAGAGAAGGAGGGUGGAGUGACUGGGGUUGAAGAUUUCAAAACUGAGGAAGAAGGCUAUAGAGCUGAACUGUCGGAUGAACCGGUUGUCUUUGCUGUCGCUGACGGAGAUCACACUUUUGAUAAUGUGGGAAAACUCGAGAAUGACAAGGAAACAGUUGUUAAGGGUGCCCAAGUUGGCAAUGGUUCAAGAAAUGUUACUACUAAACCAGCCCAAGAUAAGAAAAAUGAGACAGAGCAUGUUAAUCCACACCAACUGAAGCAAGAGCCAUUGGUUUCUCAAAGCGCUACAGGAGCCAACCCCACCUCUUCGUCUUCUUCAUUUGCUGCAGUUUCAAGCCCACCAACAUCAUCAGAUUUUGAACACAUUGAUCACUCACCAAGUGCUGAAGUUCCUGCAAUAAACGAGUCCAAGGGCGAAACUGCUGCUGACACCAGUGCUAAGGAAAAAGAUACAACCGUUAAGUCACUGACUACUACUACUGCAAACAAACGUACAGGCGUUGUGCCUGAUAAAAAGCCCGAGAAACCAGCUUUGUUAGCCCACCCUUCCGAGUCUACUCUCAAGGCACCUGGGUCUUCAAGUGGUCAAACUCCAGUCGUUGCCUCAAGCUCGUCUUCGGUCACCACACCUAACCCAGAGGAGUUGUCAUCGCCACAAGGCCCCAGAAUCCCCGGCUCAUUCGAUGGUAGGCCCUCCCUUGAUAAGAAAGGCAGUAGCGGUAAACGGGAAGGUCUUAUUUCCAAGUUUAAGAGUUUGUUUAAGUAG